AUGCGGCAAAAACGAAGGCUUUUCUGGAUUCCUCGGAAGCCCACUAAAAAGUCACCUAAACUUCAAGGUGAAGGAAAGCAAUUGGCUAAAACUCAGGAUAGUGUAAUGCAGCCGACUACAAUUCAGGACGAGGGAUUGCGGUCGACUAAAUCUCAGGAUAUUGGAGACCAGUUGCGUAAACCUCAGGACGAUGGGAAACAGUCGAUCACUCUAACCAAUAUUCACAAAAGGGUGUACAAUUCAUUGACUGAGCCUCCCCGAAACGUCAAGGAGUGUAUGGACUGGCUGAUAGCGCUGAAGGGAACUGAUCCGGAAAAGAACUUGAAGGCUUUGGGUAACGCAGUUUACAAAUUUCUCGCUGACAAGCCUGUUGAAUUUACCGAUGUGCCAGUUCUUGAAGAAGUUAGACGUAUAUCUAAGGAGUUCAUGGAGCAACCUGAACUUAAGGACCGGUGGUACGUAAAAGACAUUCUGGAGAUGAUCAAUGGGUUCGUGAAUGAACCCCCUGGAGAUUUCGCUAAAACCAUGGGUAGCAAUGCUGUUGCCGUCGCACAGAACAUAGGUCAUGUUGUGGAUGGUUGCAAGUUUUUCUUGCAACACGUAAAGACUCCUGGCCAGUAUAGGUUCGCUUAUAGUUCACAAGCGACAUGGGAUGCGAAAAGCGCGAAGGAGGCGGACGCUUGCGCGGCAAUAUUCUUGGGUAUUGCUUUAAUGUUGUACGUAGGCAUAGGUUCCUUGCAAAAUGCGUGGUUAGAUGCACACUUUAGACGACCGCCUUUUAUUGCAUAUAAGCGUAUGCAAGGGGUGUUGAAAGCUUUGGGCUUCGUAGAGCCGGAUUUCCGCGCUAAUAUGAGUGUUUCAGAUGUCGAAAAGGCGUUGGGCGGUGUAGAUAAAAGGGUAUUGAUCAUAACAUACGACCUCGCUGGAUUCUGGGCUUUCUAUUGA